GACGUACCAUCUCCGCGGACGGGAAGGCCGACCGGGAGAUCACGAGCCGCAGCUGCCGAGCGUGGAAGUGCUACCGCCGGAACAGUGCUUCGAUGUACGACAGGCGACGGGCCAACCGCCAGCUCAAGAUCCGGCUUCUCCAGGCUGAAGUGGUGGAGACUCUCCUGUAUGGGUGCGCCUCGUGGAGCCUAACAGCGGAGCACUACACGAAGCUCAAUGGGACCCACCGUCAGUUCCUCACACGGUGCAUCGGCUGGAGCAAGCGGAAACGCUCAGACCGCCCCCUGUCCUAUGCCCAGGCCCUCAUCCAGGCAGGCUGCGAGGAAACCAUCGAGGCCACCGUGCGCAAACGGAGACUGUGUUUCGCGGGCUUCGUUAUGCGCAUGGAGGACAGCCGCCUCCCCAAGCACAUGCUGUUAGGAGCGAUGGCGGGGGGCGUGGGAUACCGGGGCGGGCAGGAGAGCGACUGGGUGUCUCGUCUAGGAGAGGACCUCGUGGCCUUCAACAUGGGAGACGAAAAGGAAGGGGGGAAAUGGAAAGAGAGCGCCAAGGACCCGGAGGUGUGGUACAACAAGGUCGAGGACGUGGCGACAUGGUUCAUGAGGAAAUGGCACAGGCAGGAGGCGGAAACGUCCGCGAAGCACCAGCGCGCGAGGGAAGCAGAAGCAGAGAGUACGGUCAUCUCAGGACCGAAGAGAAAGAGAGGCGGGGAAGCGGCGGUGGGGGGGAAGAAACGGCGACCGGGUACUAAUGUAGAAGCGAGUAGGGCGGCCGAGGCAGCACUUGUGGCGAACUAUGUACCCGGCUGAUGUUGUUGCGCCCUGUUUCCCUCCCUGCUGUAUGCUAUACUCCUUUAUGUAUGUCCUUUUUAUUGCCUUCGGCCUCUGUGCUGUUUCUUUUUUUCAUGACCUCCCUGCCUACUCUGCUGUGUUGGGUACCUUGAUCUCGCUUUGCUGUUGCCAUUGUUUUUGUACGUCUGGCUGUCUGCCCAUCUGCCGCCUCUUUGUCCUGUUUGCUCUGUUACUCCCAUGCCCUGGUGCGUAGUGCCUGGUGCUGGUACGUUAUUCUUUGAUUUUUU